UUUACAUUUCCGACAGUGGCCGAAACAGACUUAAGCAUGGCAGUACCGACCGGCAGAGCUUUGGUUUUCGUGACCGGGAACGCAAAAAAGUUGGAAGAGGUAGUUCAGAUCCUUGGUGACAAAUUUCCCUACAAACUAAUUUCUAAAAAGAUUGACUUGCCUGAAUAUCAGGGUGAACCAGAUGACAUUUCCAUACAGAAGUGUAAAGAAGCAGCGAGGCAGGUGGAUGGGCCAGUGCUGGUAGAGGACACCUGUCUGUGCUUCAGAGCUUUAGAAGGACUGCCAGGACCUUACAUAAAGUGGUUCUUGGAUAAACUGAAGCCUGAAGGAUUGUAUAAAAUGCUGGCAGGUUUUGAAGAUAAAUCAGCCUGGGCUCUGUGUACGUUUGCUUUCUGUGCCGGAAAAGAGGAGCCAGUUCAGCUGUUCAGAGGAAUAACUGAGGGUCGUAUUGUUGAGCCCAGGGGUCCAAGAGAUUUUGGGUGGGAUCCUUGUUUCCAGCCUGAGGGCUAUGACAAAACUUAUGCUGAGCUUCCUAAAGAAGUGAAGAACACUAUUUCUCAUCGGUACCGCGCGCUGGCAACUCUGUCUGAACACUUCUGUCAGAAUAACGGCGCACCAGAGACCAAGCGCUCAAAACACCAGGACUGAGGACACGCUGAUCUGUUCCCAAGCCCAAUCAGCCAAUCAGAGCGAGUCCAAUGAAUGCAUCGAUGUGCUGUUCAACUUUGAAAUAAAUGUUUUGUUUAUAAAAA